AUGCAGCUCACUUCAAGUCUCAUGUUUGUUACAAUGAUGUUUAUAACUGGGCUCAGCCCAGCAUCUUGUAAAGGUGACCUUGUCAGCUGCAGCUUGUGGACUGAUCCUCAGUUGCCUGGUCUUUCUAUGAAUGGAGACUUUAUAAUCGGGGGAAUUUUUUCUAUUCAUUUCUACACGAGAUCAGAGCAGAACACCUACACCAGACAGCCACUCCAGCUACAGUGCUCGGGGAGCAUGGAUUUAAGGGAGCUACGCUUCGCCCGCGCCAUGGAGUUCACCAUCCACGAGAUCAACAACAGAACAGAUCUCCUGCCGGGAAUCAUCUUAGGAUACCAGAUAUACGAUUCGUGCACUUCUGUUCCAAUGGCAAUCAAAGUGGGAUUUCAGUUUGCAAACGGUUUGGAGCCAGUUUUCAACGACACUAAUUCCUGUGUAAAAUCUGCUGGUGCGGCUGUACCUGCUAUCCUUGGAGAGUCUUCUUCCACCCCCUCCAUUAGUAUGGCCAGAAUGCUGGGUCUUUUUAGUAUUCCACAGGUGAGUCACUUCGCAACCUGCGCAUGUCUGAGCGAUAAGCGUGAGUUUCCUGCCUUCUUCAGGACUAUACCAAGUGACCACCACCAAGCAGCCGCACUGGCAAAAAUGGUGAAGUAUUUCGGCUGGACAUGGAUUGGGGCAGUGCGCAGCGACUCAGACUAUGGGAAUUAUGGAAUGGCGUCGUUUCUAAAGGCUGCGCAGGAGGAGGGAAUCUGUGUGGAAUACUCCGAGUCCUACUACAGAACACAACCGCGCAGUAAACUGGAGAGAGUGGCGAACGUCAUCCGGAGAUCAACAGCCCGGGUAAUAGUAGCGUUUCUCGCCGCAGGUGAAAUGAGGUUACUGUUGGAGGAGCUGACAAAACAGCCACCGCCUCCCCUUCAGUGGAUCGGCAGCGAGACGUGGAUCACCGAUCCAGGUUUCCUAAAAUAUAACAUGUGCGCUGGGGCGAUAGGAUUUAGUAUCCCCCGCUCGGUGAUUCCAGGUCUCCGUGAAUAUCUUCUGGAUCUCUCUCCAGCACAAGCACUGAAAUCUUCUCUGCUGACGGAGUUUUGGGAGAGCUCGUUCAGCUGUAGCCUAAAAGGCUCCUCAGAGGGCGCGCGGGAAUGUGACGGCAGUGAGGAUAUCCGCGCGCUGCAGAAUACAUAUACAGACACGUCGCAGCUGCGCGUGACUAACAUGGUGUAUAAAGCUACGUAUGCCAUAGCACAUGCCAUCCACGGUGUUAUCUGUAAUGACACGCAGUGCGACAAGAGCGCUAAAUUCACAUCACGGCAGAUACUCGACCAGCUCAAGAGAGUGAACUGCACAACAAAGAAUGGUUAUCAAGUCUCAUUUGAUUCCAAUGGUGAUCCUGUGGCCGUCUACGACCUCAUAAACUGGCAGGUUAACAAAGAUGGUAGGUUGGAUUUUGUGACUGUGGGACACUACGACUCAUCCAGACCAAGAGGCCAGGAGUUCAGUAUGAGCAGAGCUAUCAGCUGGGUGUUGGGACAGAAAGAGGUUCCAAGAUCCGUGUGCAGUGAGUGCUGUCCUCCAGGAACCAGGAAGGCUGUUCAGAAAGGAAAGCCAGUCUGCUGCUAUGACUGUAUACCAUGUGCAGAAGGAGAGAUCAGCAACAGGACAGACUCUUUGGACUGUAGGUACUGCCCUCCUGAGUUCUGGCCCAACACCAAGCGAGACAGCUGCCUCCCUAAGCCUGUGGAGUUUCUGUCCUGGGAUGACAAUCUGAGCAUCAUCCUGACAGUGUUCUCCAUUACUGGGGCCUUCAUUGCUCUAAGUGUUGCUGCUGUCUUUUACAAACACAGAAAUUCUCCAAUCGUCCGAGCCAACAACUCAGAGCUAAGCUUCCUGCUGCUAUUCUCACUGACUUUGUGUUUCCUCUGCUCACUUACUUUCAUUGGUCGGCCCACUCAGUGGUCCUGUAUGCUGCGCCACACAGCGUUUGGGAUCACCUUCGUCCUCUGCAUCUCCUGUGUUCUGGGGAAGACAAUAGUGGUGUUAAUGGCCUUCAGAGCUACACUUCCAGGCAGUAAUGCUAUGAAAUGGUUUGGGCCUCCACAGCAGAGACUCAGUGUUCUCACCUUCACUCUCAUACAGGUCCUUAUUUGUGUUCUUUGGUUAAAAAUAUCUCCUCCUUCUCCUUUCAGAAACAUAAAACAAUACAAGGAAAGGAUAAUCCUGGAAUGUGGAUUAGGUUCAAAUACAGGUUUCUGGGCUGUGCUGGGUUAUAUAGGAUUUCUGGCUCUUCUGUGUUUUAUUUUGGCUUUUCUUGCACGGAAGCUGCCUGAUAACUUUAAUGAAGCCAAGUUCAUCACAUUCAGCAUGCUCAUAUUCUGUGCAGUCUGGGUUACCUUUAUCCCAGCUUAUGUCAGCUCUCCUGGAAAGUUCACUGUAGCUGUGGAGAUAUUUGCUAUUCUGGCCUCAAGCUUUGGUUUGAUUAUUUGUAUUUUUGUCCCCAAGUGUUUUAUAAUUGUUUUUAGGCCAGAUCAGAAUACCAAGAAACACCUUAUGGGUAAAGUAUCCUCCAAGGCUCUUUGA